AUGGCGGGGCAGAGCAGCUCCCGAGCCUUUCCCCGUUCUGUCAGAGCCUCCUGGCUCCCUGGCGCAGCCGCGAGCCAGGCCUGGCCGAGGAAGGCCGGUUAUGUGGGCCACAGCCCCACCAAAGCCCGUGCCCCCGCCUACACGUUUAGAGGGGACCAAACCGCCUGCGGAACGGGAAGUACGUGGGCUCCGGGCGCCCAGCUCCGGGGACGACCCGCGACGAAGACCACCGUCACUCCCGGACCAAGUGACUACCGCACCGAGGCAGCCAACAGGCACGUCUUCAAGUGCCCACCGGUGCAGUCCAUGGCCUUCCGGCGGGAGCCCCUCCGGACAGACCACCCUCCAGGUCCUGGCACCUACACGCUGCCCAGGCUGAUGGGGCCCAACACAGUCUACACAUCGGCCAGCCCCUGCUACUCUGUGAGGGGAAGGAGCCAGCGAGGUCGGUUUGACGAAGACCUUGCCAAGACUCCGGGUCCUGCGGCGCUCCCCAAAGUGCCUGUGGAUGCCUACAAGACCAGGGCGCCCGCGUACACGAUGGCAGCCCGACCAAAAGCUGGAGAGGGCAAAGCAGCGAAGCCCGGGCCGGCAGACUACAGCGUAGGCCGGGUGACGCUGAUCAAGCCCCAGGCGCCUGCAUCCACGUUUGGAAUCCGGCAUUCCCUCUACACAACCCCUCUCAUCGUGGAGUGAAACAGCAAAGCCUGGAAGGCCUGGUUUCCUUUCCUGGAACGGAAGGGGAGGGGAAGAGAGAGCGACCAUCUGCCGGUUUCCCUUUGAUUCCAUUUCCCUGCCUCGUGCCUCGGGUUGGGCUUUUGCCCAUUUUACUGUUGGAUGCCAGCGAUAGGAGUAAGUCGUUAAUAAAAUGUACCUUUAUGUAUA